AUGAUGUAUUUUAUGUUUUUAUUUGGGUUUAGUUUGUAUUGAAUGAUGGGUGUUUCUUGUAACCCGUCCUCCUUAUUAUGGGGUGUUAGUUUAAUUUUUGGUGCGCUUAUUUGGAGUGGGGUGUUGUUGUAUGGCUAUUGGUUAUUUUUGCUUAUUCAUCUGCGGUGGAAGAGCCUUAUCCUGUUGCUUGGGGAAGUCAAGGUGGAGUGGAUAGCGGAGCCUUAUCCUGUUGCUUGGGGAAGUCAAGGUGGAGUGGUUUAUGUAGUAAGUUAUGUUUUAGUUGUUCUGGUAUAUGGGAUAAUAUGUUAUUGAUUGUGGAGUAUGGAAGGGUAUGGUAGUGUUACAGUUGAUGCUGGUGGGUUGUUUGUUGUUCGAUUAGAUUUUAGUGGGGUAGCGGGGUUUUAUGGUGUGGAAAAUGGGUUGCUUUUGAUGCUGGUUGAGGGCUAUUGUUGACGUUGUUUGUUGUGUUAG